AUGGUUUCUGCUACUGUUGUGAAUGUUUCAGCUCAAGCUAAUGCAAUCCCAAUGCUGAAUGGGACGAAUUUUAAAGUUUGGAAAAAGAACGUGGAAAUCGUUCUCGGAUGUAUGGACUUAGACCUUGUGCUCAGGACAGAGCGUCCUACUGCUAUUACAGAAAAUCCGAACACGGAUAAAAUUGAGAAGUGGGACCGCUCUAACUGCAUGAGUCUAAUGAUCAUGAAACGCUCCAUUCCGGAAGCGUUUCGGGGCUCUAUUACUGAGAGCACUAAUGCCAAGAAGUUUCUCAAAGAAAUUGAGCAAUAUAAGACUGAAAGUGCUCACUUGGCAUCAACCUCUCGGAAUAAGAACAAAAUGAGAGAUAAGGAUACUGCAAAAGGAACACCUAAGCAGAAGAAAGUCAAGAAGUAG